GGACUUCAAAGUUACUGGCUGUUGGGUGCUGCUGGUGGUGGUUUUGGUGGUGGGCUUACAGAUCGAGUGGCUAUAUAAGCAGGGCAGCAGGGCGCCAAGCAACGCAGUUGGCCGAGAGGAUUAAGACGGCUAAAACCGCUGGAGAAGAUGGCGAACAUAGUCCUGUGUAUUCUGCUCCUGGUCUUUGGCCGUCAAAUCUAUGGAGCCAGCGUAGCGUCGGCACCGCUCUCUGGACAGGAUCCCGAGCUGGCAACCUGCGAGCUGCAGCUCUCCAAGUACCGCAGGUUCAUCCUGCAGGCAAUCCUGAGCUUCGAGGAUGUCUGCGACGCGUACAACUCCAGACCCGGUGGCCAGGAAGCGGACUCGGAGGCAUGGCUCUUCCGGCACUACGCCCCAGCACCCACAUCCCAGCGCAGCGAGAUCUGGGCCUUCUUCCGCCUGCUCAUGGCCCAGUUCGGCGAUGCCGAGUUCUCGCCCAUCAUCCGGGAUGCGGUGAUCGAAAGGUGCCGCAUCAAAUCCCAGCUGCAGCGGGACGAGAAGCGCAACUCCGUGGUGCUGGGCAAGAAGCAGCGGUUCCACUCGUGGGGCGGCAAACGGUCACCGGAACCACCGAUCCUGCCGGACUACUAAUUCCGGAGAUUCCACUCCCAGCGUUUUCCCCUUCAAAGUGUAUGAACAGCCAAAGUUGAAGUCCUCUAAUUAAUAUCAGUGUCUAAAUAAACCCGAUGAUUGCAAACCGUGAAGCGGCUAA